AUGUCCUUCUUGGCCAUCCCACUCCUCAAACUCGGCUUCUCCCAAGCCAAAAAAUACAAAGCCAAGAAAGAUCUCCAAAAAUACCAAAACGCCGGCGUCUAUCCACCAAACUACGAACCCGAACAACACCCAAUGAGCGGCUACCCAGCUGGCGCAGCGCCCGGCACAACGAUGCACUUCGAAUCACCCCCACAAGAACAAAGCAAGAACGCCAAAAUAACCUUCAUGCUCUUCUCAACCGUGCGCUUCCUCCAAUUCGUCUUCGGCCUAACAGUCAUCGGCCUAUACGGCAAAGACGUCCACCACGACCACUCAGAAAAACACAUCUGGCACUCGAAAUGGGUCUACGCACUCGUCACAGCCUUCCUGGCAACCGUCACCGCAGCAAUCCAUCUCAUCCUGCCAUUCGUGAUGCGCAAAGCCAAAUCAGGCGCUGGUCCGGCGCUACUGCUGCCGCAGUUUGCGUGGGAGUUUGUUGUUACAGUGCUGUGGUUGACGCUGUUUGGCAUCUUUGGGAAGAUGUAUAUCGGUGUUCAUCCUGUGGAGGGAUCGGGUGCGAAGGUGGAUGCUGCUAUUGCUGAGCUUGGUGAUGCGUCGAAGAUUAAUCGGAUGCGUCAUGCUGUUUGGAUUGAUAUUAUUAACUUGGGGUUCUGGGUUAUGACUGCUUCUUGGGUUUUGGUGCGCUGGUUGAAGAGUCGCAGGUCGGCUGCUUCUGAUGUUGAUGCUGAGAAGGGGGAGCAGAUUUAG